AUGGCGAUAGCUGUGCUAGAAGCUCUUGACUCUGCCCGCACACAAUGGUACCAUGUCACCGCCAUCGUGAUUGCCGGAAUGGGGUUUUUCACUGAUGCAUACGACCUUUUCUGCAUCUCAACGGUCUCAAAACUAUUAGGCCGCCUGUACUACUACGACCCCAGCUUGGGAAUUCCCGGAAAGCUCCCCAAAAGUGUUAACAACGCUGUAACUGGUGUUGCCUUAGUUGGUACCCUAAUGGGCCAAUUAUUCUUCGGCUGGCUUGGUGACAAACUUGGCCGUAAAAGGGUUUAUGGCGUAACUCUAGUUCUCAUGGUCAUUUGCGCCAUAUGCUCCGGAUUGUCUUUCGGCUCAAGCGCAGAAGCCGUAAUCGGAACACUUUGUUUCUUCAGGUUCUGGCUAGGCUUUGGUAUUGGAGGAGACUAUCCCCUCUCCGCCACAAUCAUGUCUGAAUACGCUAACAAAAAAACUCGUGGGGCAUUCAUCGCCGCGGUUUUUGCAAUGCAAGGUGUGGGAAUUAUAUUCGCCGGCCUCGUUUCCAUGACACUUUCAUUCAUCUUCCUCAAAAGGUACGACGAGGUUCCAUUCAACUCUAAUGCACUCUUUUCCACGCGACCGGAGGCAGAUUAUCUAUGGCGGAUUGUGCUUAUGCUAGGAGCCCUUCCGGCGCUCUUGACCUUCUACUGGCGAAUGAAAAUGCCCGAAACGGGUCGGUACACAGCCUUAAUCGAAGGGAACGCCAAACAAGCCGCUGCCGAUAUGGGUAGUGUUCUUGAACUUGAAAUCCAAGCUGAACAAGACAAGUUAUCCCACUUUAAAGCUGCAAAUAGCUACCCUUUGCUCUCUAAGGAGUUCGUUCAGCGGCACGGGCGUCAUCUAAUAGGCACAAUGAGCACAUGGUUCUUGUUGGACAUAGCCUUCUACAGCCAAAAUCUUACCCAGAAGGAUAUUUUCCCGGUAAUGAGAUUAACCAAAAAAGCUAUCGAAGUUAAUGCUCUCGAAGAAGUCUUUGAGACCUCGCGUGCCAUGUUUGUCGUCGCAUUGCUCGGUACCUUCCCUGGUUACUGGUUCACCGUGAUCUUCAUCGAGAAGCUGGGCCGGUUCAUCAUCCAGCUCGUUGGCUUCUUCAUGAUGUCCGUCUUCAUGCUUGUAAUAGGGCUCAACUAUGAUUACCUCCUGGAAAAGAAUCAUGCCUACAUCUUUGCGAUUUUAUACGGGCUAACGUUUUUCUUUGCAAAUUUUGGGCCUAACAGCACCACCUUCGUGCUUCCAGCAGAGUUGUUCCCAACCAGGGUGAGGGCCACAUGUCAUGCUAUGAGCGCAGCAGCCGGGAAGGCAGGGGCAAUGGUUGCGGCAUUUGGGAUACAGAACUAUACUUUGGAUGGUCAACCACCUAAGAUUAGGAAGGCCAUGACCAUUUUGGCAAUUAGGAAGGCCAUGAUCAUUUUGGCAGUGACCAACUUAUUAGGAUUUUUCUGCACAUUCUUAGUGCCCGAGACCAAAGGGCGGUCUUUGGAGGAGAUAUCGGGUGAGGAUGGUGGCGGCGCUGGCAACGACACCGGGGGCUCCGCUAGAACCUCGGUGUCUAGGACUACAGGAAAUCACGGGGAGGCUGUGUGA